UUCAUCUUCUUAUCAUCAAACUAACGUCACAUGUGAAGCUUUUUAUAGUGCUGAUUCUUCAGAUUCAGUGGAAGGCUUUAUUACUGUUGAGGUGAACGUACCGUUAGUGGCUGUAGAAAUGGAAAUAAAAGAAAACAUUACUCUGCAACAGAACGAUGAAGUUAAUGUCACUUGUUUAGCUAGAAGUCGCCCUCUACCACAUUUUACAUGGUUCGUAUCUGGACGUCAGAUUCACGACAAUUACACAAUAACAACGUUUGAUGAAACGGGACCAUCGGGAACCAGUACGCUCACGUAUACUGGGAACAGGACCGAUAAUGCGGAGCGAUUGUAUUGUGUUGCGAAGAGUGGUGAAAAACAGGAAGAAUCAUCUGGAAUCUUCUUAUCAAUAACAUAUCCACCGGACAUAAAUGUUUAUCCAAAUGGAAUCCCACUAGAAGGAAUUCAAAAGUACAAUAUCUCCUGCUUAAUUUUAGACAGCAAUCCUUCUGUCAACAAUUUUAUGUGGUAUAUCAAUUCACAACUGGUUUCCGAACAAACCAGCAAUAUCCUGACAAUAGGUUAUUUAAACAGAACCGAUACUAACAACUACACCUGUAAUGCUACCAAUGGCAUCGGAGAUCCGACAAUAGAUUUUGUAUUUUUGGAUGUCUUAUAUAAAGGAUCAAUCUUGACGUUCAACACCACAAAUACAUCUAUGACAGAGGGACAAACAUAUACAGCAUAUGUCUAUGUAGAAGGCAAACCAUUACCUAACGUAACAUGGACACGAGAUAGAACCGACGCCAUAUUGCUGACAGAAAAUGACGUCACGAACAGCAGUCUGAAUAUGACUUCUAUGUGCGAGGACACUGGAAACUAUACUGUCUCUGUUGAUAAUGGUCUAAUUCAGCCAGACAUACGCUAUAUCAGACUUAGUGUCUUCUGUUCACCACGCAAAGAUCAGAACACAAACAGCCCAGACGAUAUAUCGAUCCAGGCUGGAGGGAUGUUAACAUUGGAAACUAAGAUUGUGGCUUUUCCUCAACCCAACAUCACGUGGUAUUUCAGAUCUAACAGCUCUCAGACCAAUGGGAUAAUAAUCCCAGACAACAAUUUUCAAAUUUCUGACAUUAGUAAUGACGCAAUCCAUCUACUGACACUAAACAUAGAGAAAACUAAUUCCUCACACAGUGGUCAAUACACUGUUAUAGUACACAACUCGAUGGGACAGCACAAUACAAGUUUUAGUGUAAAUAUAAUUGAACCACAUUCGGAAUCUUCAGUGAAGGUAGAAGCUAUUGUAGCAGGUGUUAUUGGUGCUGUUGUAUUUAUCAUAUUAGCUGCCUGUGUAGUAAACUGUUACAGAAAAAAGAAAAAGACAGAAAAACAACGGAAGAGAUCAUGGAGAUCAAGUUCAAAGGAUAUAGAUGAUAUUAUAAAAGAAAAUCCCAUUGAAGACUUUGGUCCAAUAGAACCUGACUACACAAGUAAUGCAAUGUAUUAUAAAAGUCAACCCAGCAUACACUCCAUUGAAACAGGUCAAAAUACAAAUAAAAUAUACACUGAGGUUGUCAAGCAGACGACAAGACAGCAACCGGAAGUAGUAAUAGCCGACAGUGAUGCUAAUACCAAAUUAUGAAGUAGUUUCACCAUGACGUAUUGCCUUGGGGAUUCAUUGUGGUUAAAUGCCACUCUCACAGUGAGGUGUAAUUUACUGAUAUAUGCCUGAUAUGGUUGUAAUGGAAAGAACAGAUGUAAGAUGCUGUAUGUUUCCAAAUAGUUAACUUUACUUAAACACGUGAUAUAUUUAUUACUUGUA